AUGAGCGGCACGUAUGCGCGCAACCCCGAUGGCAGCGUCACCCACACUGCGCGCCGCCAGCGCCUGGACCGCCCGUUGACCGCGGACGAGGCGGGGGACAAGUACUGGCAGACCACCGCCGGCGUAGAGGGAUACCUGACCUCCAAGCUCUCGGCGCCCGGGUAUGCUGCUGAUGCGGCGCUCGCGCGCGGCGUGCAGCGCGCGCGCGACGCCGGCAUGCCCAGUAUCGCCGUGUCGCCCAUGGUCGGCCAGCUGCUGGCCAUCAUGGCCAAGAGCAUGAAGGCGACGCGGGUGCUGGAGAUUGGCACGCUGGGAGGGUACUCUACCGCGUUCCUCGCCAACGCGCUGCCCUCGCACGGCGAGAUCGACACCAUCGAGGCGUCCCCCAUGCACGCCAAAAUCGCCCAGCAGAACUUUCUCGACCUCGACCUGCUCCCCUUCCCCACGACGCACGUCGGGUUCGGGCUCGACGUCCUGCGCGACCCAAACGGCAAGUUUGCCGCGCCGCCGGGCGUGGCGGAUGGCCUGCCGCCCGCCGAGUGCGGGUACGAUUUCAUCUUUGUCGACGCCAACAAGGACGACUACUUUGAAUACUUUGUCGAGGGCCUGCGGCUGUGUAAGGCCGGCGGGGUGCUGUUCUUUGACAAUGCGAUCCAGGCGGGCAGGAUUGCAGUGCCCGCCGACACGCCCGUCGACGACGUGGACGCAAACUCGCGCGGCCUGCGCCAGAUCUACGACUGGAUCGAGAAGGACGCCGGCAAGACGGUGCUCGCGACUGCGAUCCAGAACGUCGCGUUCAAAGGAUGGGAUGGCUUUGCCAUUAUCCACAAGCUCUGA